GGAAUAAUAGCCACGUGUAUAUUAACUAACCAACGUUUACAUAAAGGGCUCAAAUUUUUAUACAACUGAAUUGCUAAUGAAAAAUUUGGGUGAAGGAUGGACCCUACAUAAUUAUCGUUAAAAUAUACAAUAAUUGAAUUUACCCAUUAUCUUUUUGUUUUAAAGUAAUAUAUUAUCAUAAAUAAUUGGUGUGGAGUGUAAACGUAUACACGUUAUCAAGUGACAGUUAACGAAGUGACGUAACGGUAAAAGGUGGAAUACAAUGUGAUGUGUACAAAAUUUUGUUCCACGUCGAAACAACUAGAUCGGGAAAGUAAGAAAAGGUGGUCGGUCACUUGGUUGAUGCUUGUAUUUUAAGGCAACUGCAAAUAGGCUGUGAAACUUAAUUCAUUAAUAAUUUAAACAUGAAUAAGUUAUUAUUUUUCGCCUUAUUUCUAUUUCCGGCCUUAAUAUUAAUUUUUGAAAAUGGAAAAAUUGUGUCUUACGCCGAGGAAGAUCCAAUAGAAGAAGAUGAAGUGGAAGUUGAAGGAGAGGCUGAUGUGGAAGAGGUUGGAGCUACUGAAGAAUAUGAGGAUGAUACUAAAUCAUUGUCAUCACCAUAUGCUGAUACUACAUUAUUAUUUGUGAAACCUGAACUAACUGGUGCCUCUCAAAUGGAAAUCCCUGCUGGUCUUCCUGUUGAGUUUUUAGUUGGAUUCCGUAAUAAAGGUGAUCAAGAUUUUAUUGUUGAUACUCUUGAGGCAUCUUUCCGAUAUCCUAUGGAUUUUAACUUCUACAUUCAAAAUUUCUCAGCUAUUGGUUACAGGAAAAUAAUAGCACCAGAAAAAGAAGCUACUUUCCAUUACAGUUUUCUUCCUUCUGAAGCAUUUGCUGGAAGACCAUUUGGACUCAACAUCAUGUUGAAUUAUCAUGAUAGUAAUGGCAAUCCUUUCCAAGAAGCUGUUUUUAAUGAAACUGUACAAGUUGUUGAAUUGGAAGAAGGUUUAGAUGGAGAAACUUUCUUUUUGUAUGUCUUUUUGGCUGCUGGAGUAGUUUUACUUUUGGUUAUUGGUCAACAAACUCUUUUAUCUGUUGGUAAAAAACGCAGUGGGGGAAGUGGUGGUAGCAGUAGAAAGUCAGCCCCUGUUGAAACUGGAACUAACAAUCCAAACAAUGUUGAUUAUGAUUGGCUACCUCCUCAAGUUAUCGCUAGUUUAUCUAAGGAAAAAGUUCAAAAGUCACCUAAAAGCAAGCCACAAAGCCCAAGGCAGAGAAAAGUAAAACGUACUACUGGAUCUGAGUAGUGAUGAAUUAGUGACUGAUUAAGACAUUUUCACCUCAUUCCACUCAUCAUGAUCAAAAAAAGACUUAAUCAUAUUGUAAUUUUCUUUCCAUUAUCAUCGGAAAGACUAAUAAUGACCACCUUUCAUACAAUCUAAGAAUUUUUUUCUCAGAACAAUCAUGUAUAUUGAAUGAAGAUUCAAAACCACUUUUUUGCCUUUGUUUAUUAUGUUUCUAUUUAUUAUAAAAGCGCACAAAUUUAUGUUAUAAGUUGAAAAUUUAUUAUAAAUUUUGUUUUCAUAUUUUUAAAAAUCUCCAAUAUCUUGGACUGAUAUGAAAAAAAUUCUUGGACUCAGUUAGACUGACAUCCAUUGUAAAGUACUCAUAUUUUAUUUUUUGGUAAUUCGGAGGUGGUAUUUUUUGAUUGUUUAAAAAUUAUUUAUAAUUUUGUAUAUUUCAGUGUGUUGUGUGUUUCUGAUUGUUAUAUUUGCAAUAGAUUAUAUUAUUAUAUAUAAUAUCAUGUGAAUAUUUCAAAUUACACCAUAAUGGUGUCUUCCAGAAACUAUUAAAGGGUAAUUUGAUU